UGGGAAGAAUUUCCUAAUGUAGUGGGUGCAAUAGACACCACACCACAUGAGAUCUAUCGACCUCUAAUUGAACCACAGCGGCCGUUCUAUAGUGGCUAUCGGCACUAUCACUGUAUGAAUACUCAACUAGUGAUGGACAAUGAAGGACAUAUCCGCUUUGUUCAGGCUGGAUUCCUAGGGAGCACGCACGAUGCAGUUUCCUUUCGACUGAUGGAACCUAUUGGUCCGGGGCGCAACUUGGAUCUACCACCCAAUGCAAAGCUUCUAGCUGAUAAGGCGUAUCCAGAUGGUGGGUCACUACUGACACCCGUGAGAGCUAACCAGAUGCCCAAGGAAAUGGAAACCUAUAAAGCCAUAGGCCAGAUUUGGCGGCACCCACGCUGGCUCAUGCCUGUGUGCGUGGAGUUGGUUGCUCUUUUGUCUGAAAGAAGGGUGAGACUCUUCGAAACAGUCUAGAAGAUACGGCGAAAGGUAACCUCAACAGUUCUCCACAAAUGCGCACACGUUCUAUUUACGUACUGAGCUGUCUGUAGACGCAGAGUAAUUUUGAAUGCUGAAACGAAAUUAGUUCUUGUUUGGGCACGUUUUUGCGUGUGCACUUAGUCAUCCGAGUUAUUUGUUCUUGCCAUCGAAUAACAGACAUAUUGCAGUUGUUGUAGUUAAGCUUUAUGAACGUAUCCAAGCGGCAUCUGGAUCGUGAACACAAAUUGCAUCUAGAUCUGUUCAAUGAAAAAGAGUUUAAUAACAUCGUGUUUAUUUGCCUGUUGUAGGCGUACGUGCGGGAGUUUUAUCU